CGGAAGAGCGCACUUAAUGACACCAGGAGGCAACAUGUUUCUGACAACUCUCCUCUUCUAACGCUGUUUUUAAUGAAGUAUUUUUGUAGCCUUGCUGUUAAAUUUACUAAAUAUCGAGCAGCACACUCUUCUUCAACAGCAGUUUGUCGAGCCGGACCUGAAACAAUGUGCAAACAGCUGAAGACCAAAGUGCUGCAUUUGUCACCGGCAACCGGCGACGAGCCUUCGUUUGUUACACAGAAAGCGCGGACAGAUCUUGCCAGCAUCCUGAGCUGCACGACGAAAGCGCUGCAGGACGGCCAUGUUGUUGCCGUGCCCACCGACACCAUCUACGGCCUGGCGUGUCUGGCCCAGAACUCCAGCGCUGUGCAGAGGAUCUAUGACAUCAAAGGCCGGAAUGAGCAGAAGCCUCUUGCCAUAUGUGUGGGAGAUAUCCAGGAUAUAUACAAGUACUGUAAGGUGAAAGUGAAGGAGGAGCUGCUUGGUGACCUCCUGCCAGGUCCUGUCACCCUAGUGUUUGAAAGAUCUGAAAUACUGAACAAAGAGCUCAACCCUUUCACCCAACUUGUUGGGGUCCGUAUUCCAGACUGUACCUUCAUACAACGCCUUUGCCAGAUGUGCGGGGAGCCUCUGGCUCUCACCAGUGCCAACAUCAGCGCACAAACAAGCACUGUGGCCGUCAAUGAGUUCCAGGAUCUUUGGCCCAAACUAGCAGUAGUAGUGGAUGGAGGACCAAUAGGAGACCCGAGUCGCCUCGGGUCGACUGUGGUGGACCUAUCAGUACACGACAAAUACCGCAUCAUCAGACCCGGCUGACUGGCGCAUCCACUCAUCAUCCAUCUGGCACUAACGCCAGGGUGUACACGAACCAACCACCACCCCCACUCCUCCUGGCUGGAACACUAUCCAAGGAUUCCGGUGUCACUGAGGGUAGCGACUGGUAACAC